AUGCCAACUCCUCCAAAUGCUCAUCCUCAACCAGAACCAUCCUCCAAAUGCCAACUCUCAUCCUCAACCAGAACCAUCCUCCAAAUGCCUCCAGAACCAUCCUCCAAAUGCCAACUCCUCAUCCUCAGAACCAUCCUCAUCCUCAAAUGCCAAAAUGCUCUCAUCCUCAACCAGAACCAUCCUCCAAAUGCCAACUCAUCCUCAACCAGAACCAUCCUCCAAAUGCCAACUCUCAUCCUCAACCAGAACCAUCCUCCAAAUGCCAACUCUCAUCCUCAACCAGAACCAUCCAUCCUAGUGCCAACUCUCAUCCUCAACCAGAACCAUCCUCUUAGUGCCAACUCUCAUCCUCAACCAGAACCAUCCUCCAAAUGCCCACUCCCAUCCUCAACCAGAACCAUCCUCCAAGUGCCAACGCUCAUCCUCAAACGAAACCAUCCUCCAAAUGCCAACUCUCAUCCUCAACCAGAACCAUCCUCCAAAUGCCAACUCUCAUCCUCAACCAGAACCAUCCUCCAAAUGCCAACUCUCAUCCUCAACCAGAACCAUCCUCCAAGUGCCAACUCUCAUCCUCAACCAGAACCAUCCUCCAAAUGCCAACUCAUCCUCAUCCUCCUCAACCAGAACCAUCCUCCAAAUGCCAUCCUCCUCAACCAGAACCAUCCUCCAAAUGCCAACUCUCAUCUCAACCAGAACCAUCCUCAAAUGCCAACUCUCAUCCUCACCAGAACCAUCCAUCCUCAAAUGCCAACUCCCAUCCUCAACCAGAACCAUCCUCCAAAUGCCCACUCCCAUCCUCAACCAGAACCAUCCUCCAAGUGCCAACUCUCAUCCUCAAACGAAACCAUCCUCCAAAUGCCAACUCUCAUCCUCAAGAACCAGAACCAUCCUCCAAAUGCCAACUCUCAUCCUCAAGAACCAUCCUCCAAAUGCCCAGCUCCAUCCUCCCAUCCUCAAAUGCCAGCUCUCAUCCUCAGCCAGAACCAUCCUCCAAAUGCCCAGCUCUCAUCCUCAACCAGAACCAUCCUCCAAAUGCCAGCUCAACCAGAACCAUCCUCCAUCCUCAACCAGAACCAUCCUCCAGUGCCAACUCUCAUCCUCAACCAGAACCAUCCUCCAAAUGCCAACUCCCAUCCUCAACCAGAACCAUCCUCCAAAUGCCAACUCUCAUCCUCAACCAGAACCAUCCUCCAAAUGCCCACUCCCAUCCUCAACCAGAACCAUCCUCCAAAUGCCAACUCUCAUCCUCAACCAGAACCAUCCUCCAAAUGCCAACUCCCAUCCUCAACCAGAACCAUCCUCCAAAUGCCUCCCACUCCCAUCCUCAACCAGAACCAUCCUCCAAAUGCCCAUCCUCAACCAGAACCAUCCUCCAAAUGCCCAUCCUCACCAAAUGCCCACUCCCAUCCUCAACCAGAACCAUCCUCCAAAUGCCAACUCUCAUCCUCAACCAGAACCAUCCUCCAAAUGCCAACUCCCAUCCUCAACCAGAACCAUCCUCCAAAUGCCAACUCCCAUCCUCAACCAGAACCACCCUUCAAAUGUCAACUCUCAUCCUCAACCAGAACCAUCUCCAAGAGCCCAUUUCCACCCCAAUUCUUCUCCAUCGAAAGACACCCAAUGUUAGACGUGACAUGA